AUGAGCUCAAGAUCGAAUGUGCUUCAACACAUCCCAUCCAUCCACGGAGACGGUCGACCGACACACCGGCAAGGUCGCAAGUCAACCUCAGAGCAGCUCGACGCCUUCUUCUCAGAGGUCGAGAAACAGUCCAGCCUCUUGCCCCCCAUCUCAUCCUCGUCGUGUCAGCCGCUCGCUCACACCAACGACGUGGGCAGAAGUUUGCAAGAGCAUCGUCAUAAGGGAAGUCCAAAACUGAAUGCCAAUAGAGCUGUAUGCAAUGAGUCCUGCUACUGGUGCCGUCGACAGAACAGUUGGUGCGGGUGGUGCAGGGUGUCCAAGAGAUUGUUCGCCAUAAAGUCUGGGUCAACACUGGCAGCAUCUGCAGUUGGCAAUGGCGCGGAUCCGAAAGAUGCUGUUGAACUGAGUUAUGAUCAUUCACGAAUGACUGAGAUCGACAAGCUCCUUGAGCUAGCAACGUUUGCGCUCUCAGCCAUCUUGAGCAAGGAGCAGCUGAAGGCUCUGACCAGCAGGGUGCAGCUCAGAAGUUUUGGGGAGAAUGAGAUUGUGUUCAGAAGCGGCGAGGUGUGUUCUCCUCAAGUCUACACGGUCAGGGUUGAAGAUGGUUUGCCCAAGUUGGCGAUGCGACCAAGUUUUUACAUCGUUCACUCGGGAGAGUUUCAUGCCUACAACAGACGAGACCCGACAAGAUUGAAGCCGUUUGAGUGCCUGCGAAGAGGAUCGGUCUUCGGCGAGCUGUCUUUCUUCUUGCAAGACCAACGCCAUUGCACUGUCGUGGCGGGUUGUGAGAGUGUCGCGAUUGAGGUUCUUCUCUCCGAAAUGCUGCAGAUCCUCGUGCCGGAGGAGAAGCUGGCGGAUGCGAGAGAGUCGGAGGUGAAGGAGGAAGAAAGCUCCGCUAGUCAUCAGGACAGAUACCUCGCUCUGCUCAAGGGAAACAGAUCAAAGAAGGAUAAGAUGUACCAUUUCUACCGGAGAAAGGCUGAGAUUGAGGUGUUUGGCCUCCCGCUCAACGAGGACUCGAGGAAGAGAGAAUGGAGGACGGGAGCCUACGCGCGGAAACUCAAGAGAAUCCUCAACUUCGAGCUCACCAUCUACUACGUGGUGAAAAUUCAGUUUCUCGUCCGUCGGUUCCUGCGCAGGUUGAGGCUGAAGGCGCAGAAGGCGAGGGAGAGGGAGCGGGAGAAAGCUGCUCUCUUCCUCCAGCGCAUUGCUCGAGGCUUCCUGGCGCGGAUCUUCUGCAACAAGAUGAGGAUGACCAACGGGCUGCAGCCCUUGAACUUCCAGGAGCUCUUCGAGAGGAGGAGGCGAGAGAAGGCUCAGAUGCAGAUAACGGCGCAUGUCAAGCAAGAGUCAGCUAGGCUCUGGAACCUGUUCAACUUCGCCAACGACAAGAUUUUGAGCGUCUAUCGACAAGACUUCCGCAAACAACAUCUGGAGCAGCUGAAAAUCCUCAUGACAGCCAUUGAGGACGGAAAGAUCGGCAAGUUUGCCUUCUAUGAUGUCGCUAAGGACGCGAAGAUCCCCGGGAAAGCGCUGAAGAGAUGGAUCAACGAUGAGAACAUCGUCAAGAAGCGCAGGGACGAGGAGACCAACCAAGAUUUCGAGUUGCGGAAUCAACGGACCAAGGAGCUGCUGGAGGAGCAGUUGCUGGUGUGGGCAGGCAGGAACGAGUCAGUGCGGGAGGCCAUCGGGUUGUGGAAGGUAGAGGUGUUGAGCUACAAGGAAGCGGCUCCCGAGGUCACCAAGAAGCCUCAUCCCCUGUGCAGCAUCAUCCCUGACUACUACGACAUGAAGUCUCUCAGAGAGAUCCUGUCGCAGUCAGAGAGCUGGCUGGGACUGAACCCUCCUUCAGCCCGCUCCGAGGCCUCGCUCGCUGAAGGAGGUUGGAUGCUCGACAGCCUGCUCAACCAUGUCAGUGAGCAAGAAAACUACGAGCUCCAGCACCAGGAGCAGCUUGCUCGGGCCCUGGUGGAGACGCAUGCUACAGCUGAGAGACCGAGCAGCAAGGUCGAGCUCGAGGAGCCAGCAGGCUUCGGAUCGGCAUCGUCCUCUGCUGAAGUCUUGGAAGGUGCAGACGUCAGGCUAGGAGCUCCUGAGCAUGAAGCUGCGAUCAGGCCGGAUGUGGAGAUGUUCAUUGCGAGGAUAAAGGCAGCGCUGUACCAUAGCAAGGUUGACAUCAGGAAGAUGUUUCUUGCACUCGACAAAGACAAGGAUGGCUACCUGUCACUGCAUGAGUUUGACAACGCCAUGAGGAUUCUCAACGUUCGGAUCAACUCACGAGAUCUGUAUGACAUCUCAAAGACGUUUGUUGAUGAUCGCAUGCCGACUCAAUUGUGCUUGCGAAUGUUCCUCUCGUGCUUCACAUCCGAUCUGAUCUGCUCGGAGUCCAUCACAGACAAAGUCUCUCUCUUCUCCUCCACAGUGAUGGCCGACUUCGAGGCGUUUGCUCAGAGCAAGGAGAAGCUGGAGCAGGAGCUGAUCUCCAAGGGGAGCCACCUCUUGGAUCAGUUCUAUGACUUACUCUUCAGCAACCAGUGGAAGAGGAGGGAGGACAAGGUAGAGCUCUUGUCCUUCUGUGCCCUCAAGAGCGUCAUCAGCCUCUUCGAGCUCGACUGGCACGACCGAGACACGCUGGUCAGAUUUGUCAGAGUUCUCUUGUACAUUCACGAGCAACUUUGGAGUCAGCUGUUGUUGGAGUUGUGCACUUGGUACAUGCCGAUCGAGUCAGAAGCGCAUCUUAGGAAGCAGCUGAUAGCGAUGAAGACAAAGGAUGAGCGGACGAGUUUUCAUGCGCUCUCACGCAGAAUGUCUUGCUUCAUGCCGCAGCAGGAAUUGCUCGCGCAUCAGUUCUCUGAGUUUGCAAGGGAGAAUACCGACACCACAUGUGAAGAGGGGAAACUGAUGGAAGUGAAUAUGGAUCAGAUCAAGCUCAGAAGCUUCAGACUUUGGAGUAAAUUGAAGACAGAGUUCGGAUACGUCGACCAUCAGCUCCACUGCGAAUCUGCAAGAGAGAUUGAGCAUGAGCAGAUUGAGCAUGAGCAGAUUGAGCACGAGCAGAUUGAGCAUGAGCAGAUUGAGCACGAGCAGAUUGAGCACGAGCAGAUUGAGCACGAGCAGAUUGAGCACGAGCAGAUUGAGCACGAGCAGAUUGAGCACGAGCAGAUUGAGCACGAGCAGAUUGAGCACGAGCAGAUCAAGGAGGGAUGA